AUGCGUUUAUGGUUAAAUUUAUGUAUUGAAUUUCAUCGUCAAGGUCCUCCGUGUCCGGCAAGUAAUGUUAUUCAUUUUAAGACAAUCAGUACACUUGGUCCGAAAUUGUUUGCUGUAAGCCUUGAUACUUUACAAGUAUUCUAUCAUGAAAAUGACCAAUGGCAUCAAUAUCAAUCAGCAAGAAAUAUUCAAAUUGGUAUAUUGAUAGAUUUGAUGAAAGCUUUCAGUAAUGAUCAUGAUUAUACAGAUGAUGAUUUAUCACGAGAAGACAAUGGUAGAGAAGAUCGAGAUGAGGAUGGACAAGAUCAACAAGCAAAAGAUUCACACGCAAAUAACGAUUUGAAAUAUCAAAUCAAUCAAGCUAUUCUAUAUUAUUGUCUUUUUCAAAUGCUCGUUAGUAUUCAUUUACAUAUUUAUAUUAUUCAACAACAACCAUUUAUUCAUUGA